ACAACUGUCAUUUAGAGUGUGUGGACAUGAUGGGGAAGACAGAGCUGGAGCUGGAAAACACGAAUUAAAACGUUUCAAGAAGUAUCAAAAAUAACUUUAAAAGUUUCAUAUGUUGUGAUUAAGGCUUACGUCGGCAUGUGUUAAUAUCUUCCAGGCUAAUGUUUAUCUUACCGUUCCCCCCUCCACCACCACCACCUCCUCCACCUCCUCCUCCUCUAGAGAAGCAGCAACUUUGGCAGUACGUCUUUCUUACUGCAGUAGGAAUUACAGCCAGUUUCGGAGGAUGUCAGCCCCCAGCAACUCGCUUCAGCAACCCAGGGUGAGACGCAGCAAUGCGGGCUCCCCCGGCUCGUUCAACAACAGCAGCUGCCGUUUGCACCCCAUCCGUGCCACCGUGCCCUACCAGCUCCUGCGCGGGGGUCAGAGCAGCCCGACGCGGGCGCAGACCCUCUAUGGAGGAGCCACGAGCAGCCGAGGCUCAAGUCCCCCUUCUAGCCCGACACUCAGUUCAGGAAGUGCAAACGCUAAGCAGAGACUGUCCCCCGAAAGUAAGGACUCAUCCUGUCCCCCAGACUCGCCAGUUUCCAGAGCAGAAAGGUCCAAGUUACAGGUGCGGAGUUCCAGUGCCAUACGGCGGACAUCUUCCCUGGACGCCAUCACAGGGCCAUACCUCACUGGCCAGUGGCCUCGGGACGCUCAUGGACCCUAUCCUUCCUCUAUGAAAGACAAAGCCACACAGACUCCAGGUCUCUGGAUUGAUGAGGGAGCAGAACAGGGAAGUCCUCACCAGAGAUCAGCCUCCUGGGGCAGCGCAGACCACCUCAAAGAGCAGAUUGCUAAACUGAGACUGCAGCUGCAGCGCAGCAAACAGGUCAGCCGGCAGAGCAAAGACAGGGAGCAGAGCUCACUGCAGCUGCCGCAACAGGCGCAGCAUGGCACCGCAUGCCAACCUCAGUACAAGGGAACUUCAUCAGCCUUAUCGACAAUCCCUGUGCCAAAAUCCCUCAUAUCCAGAGUGCCGAGCAGCGUGGAAGGCAUCAACCACGAGCUAGAAAAUGUGUUUAUCAGAGAAGACUGGGAGCAAGGGAUACAGGCCAUGGAUGCGGUGGAUGGCCGCCGCGCCCCCUUCCCUCCGCAUCGCUACAGCAGCAGCGGGGACACACGUGACACGGACACCCAGGCCCCCUCCAGCGGUGACUCCAGCCCGUCGCCCCGCCCCUGCAGCCCCGACCACCUCCAUUCCCCUGAUGGAAGCCCCUGUUCUGCAGAGGACGUCGACAAAGACGGUGUAUGCAGUUCUCCUCUCCCAAAGUUUGCCACUUCUCCCAAACCUAACAACAGCUACAUGUUCAAACGGGAACCUCCAGAGGGCUGCGAGAGGGUCAAAGUGUUUGAGGAGUUGGUGUCCGGCAAAUCAAAAGGCUUCCCUCUCUUCUCGUGCCCUGACAAAAACAAGGUGAACUUCAUUCCCAGGGGCUCUGCCUUCUGCCCCGUCAAACUCCUCUGCUCCUCCCUCUUCUCCCCCGUCUCCCCCUCGUCCUGCUCCUCUGUCAACCCUGGUCUCCACGGCAACGACAGCCCAGGGCCUCAGGUGACUCCGACUCUGCCCACCGCACCGCCACCUACCUUUCCGGCCUCCACCGACAGGAGCACCGACACAAGCACAGGCAUAAACACAGACAGCCAGAGCCCUGACGCAGACGUGGGGAAAGAUGGCUCAGCACAAGUACUCCUCACCAGCUAGUCCUCAGGUAUAUAAACAUGACCGCACCACCUAGAGCUAAAAGCAUUUCAUCUAGCCAGGUGGUAUGGUUUUAAAACUAAAAAUAAAAAAAAUAAAAAAAUCCUUGCACUCCGUUAAUCCUAACGUUAGCCAGCAGGGAGUGCCCAAGGUCUAGAAAUGACACAUGGGGAGGACAAUGGUACCAGUAUCCUGCUGCACAAGCAUUUCUGCUCGGUCCCAGUGUUUGUCCCACUGUUGGUGAUGUUUUAUCAAGGAAACGUUUUUUCGGUCAAUGUCGUUUUUUAAAGAUUUGACCUUGGGCACGGCCUCCCUUCACCCAUCACUAACCUAGCCUUCUCCUCUGUACCGUGACAACAACCAUAAGAGAAAUAGCUUUGCUUUGUUUUGCAAAAAAAAAAAAAAUAGAAAUGACUGCUCAAAAUUAUUGUGUUACGUAGCGCCAGAAGUUUUUGUCAAGAUUAAAUCAAAAAAAGGAAAAUUCCAAAAGUAUGAGAUAUCAGAGAAACACAUUGAACUCCUGGUAUCUAUCCAGCUUAUUAGCUGUUCAGUGUUCAGCGAGCAAACGUCUAAAAGAUCUUUACAGGAUGAGAAAAUCAUCGUUUCAGAUCUUUUACAUAGUGGGAUGUCUUAAAGUCAGAACGCCUUGCCCACAUUAACUACAUUGUUUGCACUUGUUAGGACCUGGCUCACAUUGAUACCGGCCAUGGCCUAUUUUUUUGUUUAUUUUUAAAAAAAAAAAAAAAAGUACCACACACACUGUCAAAUGUGAAAAACCAGCAGUCAUUUGAGUGCAGGCUCCACCCAAAAAGGCUGACAAGCUAAGACCUACAUCUGCAUUUCUCGCCUGAUCACUUAAAAACUCUGUUAGCUCAACACAAAAAUGCAAAAUAUCAGCUGUUUUAUUCAGUGACCAAAUAAUAAUCAAUUGCUAAGCACACAACUUCCCCCAUUGCCUUGUUUUAUUGCCCCACACUACCCAGAACAAUAACUCAGGUCAUGUGGAAUGUACUUGUUUGGACUAUGUUGCCUUUCCCCAGUGUUUAUGACUUUCUGCUAUAGAGAGACAUCCCGGUUCUUUCUCAGAAGUUUAUUUUUUUUUUUUUUUCCCUGGAGAGGGGAGGAUAUUACAGACUGAAUCAACUGAUUGAUGUCACAGAUUGUGACAGAUUACUUUUGCAUUAACCUCUUCAGGUUAGAGUUUCAGGUGCUAUGACACAUUCCAGAGACAUCGCUGUUGCAUCGCUCAACAGUCGAGUACUCAUGUAAAUGGAACUAGCUACAUAAGCUACACCCUCCCAAAUUAAGAAGUUGACAAUUAUGUUGUUCGUUACCCCCUAAAUAUGUACCAAAGCAAAUUACAAAACCAUGAAAAGGCCCAUCAUGUGUUUGGGACAUGACAGGCACCUUUUUUUGUGCCAGAAGCAUAAUGUUUAUGUGCGUUUUUUGUUUUGUUUAGAAACAGUUAAACAACAAAUAAACACUUGGUUCAGAGUGUUUUAAAUAAAAAGGCGCUAAUUGCUAAACCAAGCCUAAGCACUUACUUGGAAGUGAGAUGAUAAUCACUGUUUUUUUAUUUUAUUUUAGACCAAUUUGUAAGUUGAAACAAUCAGAUCUUGAGUGUGCAAUCAUUUUUGUUUGAGGUAAAGCUACACUAACAUUUUUUUUUUUUUUUUUUUUGUGUAACACAGUUUGGUUCGAUAUUCAGAUUCCAGCAGCUGUGCCCUAACGUUACCUGCACAAGUUUAUCUCACCAACAACAUGUUAAAAAGAGAAAACGUUGAACACUUGAUUUGAACGGCAGAAUUUAAAACUAGUUAAUGUUUCAUUCCAAAACUUUGGUCUAUCGAAGCCACUUGCACACAGAAGCACAAAAAAAUAUGAACAACGUAUGCAAUGCAUUCCACACAGAUUGAGUUGAAAUACUCUGCUCUGCUUUCAGCUCUGAGGAAUUUCAAAUCAUACUAAUUCUGAUUUUUAUUUCACAUGCUCAUUGUGCAGUGCAGUUAAGAAAUGAUUGCCAUGUUUGGCAGUAAUGAUUCAGUUCUCCUGUGUAUUACGCAUUUUUAUGUAGAUCUUGUGUGUGUUUUUCAAUAAAGAAAACAAAAAAUCUC